UUCUGACUUCCCCUUUGUUUUCCUGAUAGUUAUCUGUUUACGUAAUACGCCAGAAGCAGAAAAUCAUCAAGCGAGGAUCUUUAGUGAAGUAUAGAAUUCAAAAUGCAGUACCAGGCGGAGCCAUGGGGACGAAGCUCGUACAUGCGAGCUGCUUCUGCGGCGAGAACAAUGGUGGUCGUCAAUGGCGAUCCUUUGGAGAGGAUACAGCGGCUGGCGGCGGAGAAUGCGGUGGUGAUAUUUAGUUUGAGUAGCUGCUGCAUGUGCCACGCUAUCAAGCGCCUGUUCUGCGGCAUGGGGGUGAACCCCACGGUGUACGAGCUGGACGAAGACCCGCGCGGGAAAGAGAUGGAGAAGGCGCUCAUGAGGUUGAUGGGAACUUCGCCUGCUGUCCCUGUUGUAUUUGUCGGCGGCAAGCUCGUCGGAGCCAUGGACAGAGUCAUGGCCUCGCAUAUUAAUGGCACCCUCGUGCCUCUCCUCAAAGAAGCCGGAGCGCUCUGGCUCUAGCUUUGACCUUCUUUCUUUUUCUUCUUCUCUGGAUCUCUACUUCAUACUGUAACAGUUUUAUUUUCCUUUUUACUUUUUUUUUUUACCGAUAAAAAAUCAGAAAAAUGGCGACUUGAGAAGAUUAUAUAAUAGGAAA